AUGAAGUUCACCGUCUCUCUUCUGUCUCUUUUCGUCGCAUCUCUGGCGGCUGCCCCCUCGCCCGUCCAGAGCGCAGAUGCAAAGAUCGCCAUGAUCCAGGCCGAGGCCGAGGCUUCGGCAUCCCCUGUGCCCUCCCCAUCGCCUGCUCCAUCUCCUUCAGCUGCUCCCGCCAGUCCUAGCACCAACCCUAUCGUCUGGCCGACCACCCAGCGUCAAAAGAUCGCUAUUCAGCAGGCCGGGAGUGCUGCGGGCACUGUCGGUGACCAAUGCCCGUACAACAAGAAGUUCAAGGACCUGUACAUUCCCGGCGUCAACUUGAAGGACCUCAGCUACUGCGCGCAACUUUGCUUCCGUGACGCCUGGAACCUUUCCGAAUGCUGCGCGCCCACCCGGCGUUGCGCUUGCAGCAGCAAGUGGCAACCUCCACUACGCAGAAUGCCGACUGUUAAGGACCAGGACUCGAAGCCCAUCAAGGAGGGCGAUACAGUAUGGACAAAGAUUCGCGGCGGGAAGAGAGAGGGUGAAGUCGAAAGAGUCGUAACGUCCGAGGAGGAAGCCAAGAGCGAGGGCGUCAAGAACCCCCCAAAGGUGUUGUUCACUGACCAGCACGGGCAUGAUGUGGCCCAUAACCCCGAGACGUUGCAGCACUCCAAGUAA